AUGACCCACGACAACAGUUGGCCGGUCGCUCUCAAGUUCAUGGGAUUGGGUGCUACGCAGUUGCAUGACAAGGAUCAAGUUAUCUUGACCCUGGAUCAUGACGUUCAAAACAAGAGCGAAGGCAAUUUGAAGAAAUACAGACUCAUCGAGGAAUUUGGAAAGAAGCACGGCACUUUUUUCUCCGGAGCCGGAGAUGGUAUUGGACAUCAAAUCAUGAUCGAGUCUGGUUUUGCCUGGCCUGGCACCGUAACCGUGGCUUCGGACAGCCAUAGCAACAUGUACGGCGGAGUCGGCGCAUUGGGAACUGCGCUCGUACGAACUGAUGCCGCAGCCGUCUGGGCUACCGGAAAGACUUGGUGGCAGGUACCCCCGAUCGCUAAGAUUACUCUCACCGGAACUCUACGCCCAGGAACUACUGGAAAGGAUAUUAUCGUGGCACUCUGCGGUCUAUUCAACAAGGACGAAGUUCUGAACCAUAGCGUUGAAUUCGUCGGAAGCGAAGAGACCAUGCGAAGUAUACCAGUUGACGACCGAUUGACUAUUUCUAACAUGACCACCGAACACGGCGCUGCCGCCGGAAUCUUUCCUAUGGACUCGGUGCUGAAGGCCUGGAUGACGGCUAAGGCUACCACCAACGCUAUGCUCAACGUGGAGGGGCCUGCCAAGACAAACUUCACCCAUGAGCGUAUCGAGAAACUCUUCGAGAAUCCUGUAAUAGCCGACCCAGGCGCGGUCUACGCCAAGGAACUGUACCUGAACCUCGACACCCUCUGCCCUUUCGUUGCCGGGCCCAACUCUGUCAAGGUUGCAACGCCUUUGCAUGAUCUUGAAGCGCAAGAUAUCAAGGUCGACAAGGCAUACUUGGUUUCAUGCACCAACUCUCGUGCCUCGGACAUCGCAGCUGCAGCUCGCGUUUUCCGCGAGGCUUCUGAGAAGGAUUCACCGGCCAAAUUGGCUCCUGGUGUGAAGUUCUACUUGGCUGCUGCCUCUCGUACGGAGCAAGCAGCCGCGGAAGCUUCCGGAGACUGGCAGGUCCUCGGCGAAGUUGGAAUCUCGGCCUCUAACCGCAACUUCAAGGGCCGUAUGGGUUCAACUGACGCUAAGGCCUACCUGGCCAGCCCCGAAGUCGUCGCAGCCAGUGCAUUGCAGGGCAAGAUCGCCGGACCGGGCUGGUACCAGAAGCCGGAGGGCGUCGACAAGGUCAUUAUCGGCGAGGGUGUUGGCGACAUCACCGCGGACAUCUCUAGCAGCAUCGAGGAUGCUCUCGAGAAGCUGAUCUCUCAAGCCGACGACCUCAUUGCUGAGUCCGAGAAGGGCUUUUCAGGUGCCCCUGGAGGCGAGGCCGCUGCCGCUGAUGGCGAGGAGACGCUGACCGAGAUUCUCCCCGGGUUCCCCGAGAAGAUUGAGGGCGAGAUCGUAUUUUGCGAUGCAGACAACCUCAACACUGAUGGAAUCUACCCCGGAAAAUACACGUACCAAGACGACGUCACGCCCGAAAAGAUGGCGGAGGUCUGUAUGGAGAACUACGACACCGAGUUCCGUCAUAUUGCCAAGGCUGGCGACAUCCUCGUCUCUGGCCCCAACUUCGGCACGGGCUCAUCGAGAGAGCAAUUACGUGCUGCUACCGCUAUCCUCGCCAAGGGCAUCCCCAUGGUCAUUGCCGGCAGCUUUAGCAACAUCUUCAGCCGCAACAGUGUCAACAACGCGCUGAUGGCUCUCGAGGUACCGAAGCUGGUCGAGCGUCUGCGCGAAGCUUUCAAGAACAAGAAGGAGAAGGUCCUUACCCGCCGCACGGGAUGGAAGGUCCUGUGGGACGUCAAGAGGAGCAAGGUUGUCGUCACGGAGAAGGACGGCGCGAGCUGGAGCGUCAAGGUUGGCGAGCUGCCACCCAACGUACAAGAAAUCAUCGCUAAGGGUGGUCUUGAGAAGUGGGUCAAGAGUCAGAUUUAA